AUGGAGACUCAGCAGCUGGUGCCACCGUAUGAAGUCACAGUCCAUCAUGCGUGUCGAUUGAAGAUGUACCACGAAGGUGGUAGAGAGGUGACCGAAGACCUCGAGGCGCAGAUCGCGUUUGGCGAUGGCGGAUUUCAUGUGGAGCGCCUGGACGAAGCGCGCUGCGUAGAUGGCCAACACCAAGUUUUUGUGAAGUGGCUUCGACUCGACGAUGAAGAAUCGUCCUGGGAACCUGCGGUGAAUUUGCUGGACGACAUUCCAGUCGUAUAUCGCAAGUGGGCGGCGGCGAACAAGGAAGACUCACCAGUGGCCGCCACGCCGUCCGCCGAAAUCUCUUUCCCACACCAUACUGUCCGGGUGGCGUAA